AUGCCCGACGACUGGAAAGAUACAUACAAGGCAGAAUCUUCCAAGGAGGAUAUUAUCUACAAAUCCUUCAAGUACAUUACCGAUGUAUUCGAAUUUACCCCUAUAGAUCAAUCUCCAUACCGAGCAGAAGUACAGAAAGCGUGGUUGGCCGUUAGAAGACCAAUGGCAAAACAGUUAAUUCGGCAUUCAUAUGUCCAGCUAGCUCUUCAGUAUUGGAGACCUGAAGAAAAUAGUGUUUAUCCUACGAUGAACGAUAUCCAUAUGCUCAAUAAUGUUCAUGGAUUGGAAUAUCUAGUCUGGGCACUGGAGCAGCACAGGAGUCGGUCGGAGUCACCUCAGCCUCAUCCUGGACCAUCUUCGCAGGCAGGAAGAAAUAUCACAACGGGAGACCCCUCUUCGUUUGAUUCUCCAAAAUCGGGCAUGUUUUCUAUGGAUAUUUAG